GCAGAAGCUCAGAGCCUUCCAUGCAUUGGGAUUUUUUUCCGAGCUAAAAUAAUAAUCCUAAUCAUCAUCCUGACCUCCCCCACCCCCCCUUCCUUCCUCCUCUUCCUCCAGCCGAUCCGAGGACCAUCCCAAUUGUAAAGGGGAGAGGAAAACAAAACCCCACCACCCCUUGACAUGCAACCUUCUUUGGGAUGGGACAGGACGGGAUGCAGCUGCGGCUUUAGAAGGAAUUGGGGGAAAUUGGGGAUCUUUGCUCUCAUGACGGUGGAAGUAAGCUACUGGAGCCGGGUUCUGCUGCUCUCCUUGGGGCUGUUGGCUGCUUCAGCAACCGCCCAGAACUGCAGCUACGUCUUUCAAGGCCCAAACGGGACGAUACAAAGUCCAGGAUUUCCGUACGGAUAUCCAAAUUAUGCAAACUGCACGUGGACAAUCACUGCUGAGGAGCAGAACAGAAUACAGCUCGUGUUCCAGUCCUUCGCCUUAGAGGAAGAUUUUGAUGUAUUAUCAGUCUAUGAUGGACUGCCUCAGCAGGGGAAUCUGAGAACAAGGUUAACAGGUUUCCAGCUGCCUGCUCCUAUCGUGAGCACUGGAGUUGUGUUAUCUUUAUGGCUCGUGAGCGAUUAUGCUGUCAGCGCUCAAGGCUUCCAGGCAAACUAUGAAGUUUUACCGAGUCAUACGUGUGGAAAUCCGGGAAGACUCCAGAAUGGAAUCCAGCAAGGGACGACGUUCAGCAUUGGAGACAAAGUGAGGUAUAGCUGCAACCCGGGCUUCUUUUUGGAGGGUCAUGCCUUGCUCACUUGCCAUGCCAGUUCGGAAAACAGUGCCUCCUGGGAUUUUCCACUGCCCUCCUGCAGAGCUGACGAUGCUUGUGGAGGGACGUUACGGGGACAGAGUGGAAUUAUCUCCAGUCCUCAUUAUCCUUCAGAGUAUGGCAAUAAUGCAGACUGUACGUGGACUAUCCUAGCAGAGCCUGGAGACACCAUUGCUCUGGUUUUCAUGGAUUUUCAAUUAGAAGAUGGAUAUGACUUUUUAGAAGUCACUGGAACGGAGGGAUCCUCACUCUGGUUUACUGGAAUGAAUCUGCCCGCCCCAGUAAUCAGCAGUAAAAACUGGCUGCGACUUCACUUUACGUCGGACGGCAACCACCGGCAGAAGGGGUUCAGUGCCCAGUAUCAAGUCAAGAAGCAAAUUGAACUGAAAUCCAGAGGAGUGAAGCUGAUGCCCAGCAAGGACAAUAAUCAGAAGACAUCAGUGUUAACUCAGGUUGGUGUGUCCCAGGGACAUAAUAUGUGUCCAGACCCUGGGAUUCCAGAGAGAGGCAAAAGAAUAGGCAACGAUUUUAGGUUAGGAUCCAGCAUCCAGUUCACCUGUAAUGAAGGCUAUGAUUUACAGGGCUCCAAGAGCAUCACCUGUAAGAAACUGAGUGACAUGAUUGCUGCCUGGAGUGACCAGAGGCCGGCGUGCAGAGCCAGGAUGUGCGAUGCAUAUCUCCGGGGCCCCAGUGGAGUGAUCACCUCUCCCAACUACCCCGUACAGUAUGAUAACAACGCCUACUGCGUAUGGGUGAUCACCGCCCUCAAUCCAGCCAAGGUUAUCAAACUCACCUUUGAAGAAUUUGACUUGGAAAGAGGAUACGACACGCUGACAGUGGGUGAUGGAGGGCAGGUUGGAGACCAGAAAACUGUGCUCUAUGUUUUGACAGGUACGACGGUUCCUGAUCUGAUUGUCAGCACAAAUCACCAGAUGUGGCUCCUCUUCCAGACAGACAGCGUCCGCAACUUACUAGGAUUCAAAGCAACCUAUGAAGAAAUUGACCAGGGGAGUUGCGGCGAUCCUGGGAUACCAGCCUACGGCAAGAGAGAAGGCUCAACAUUUCGCCACGGGGACACUUUGAAGUUUGAAUGCCAGCCUGCCUUUGAGUUGAAGGGACAGAAAACAAUUACCUGCCAAAAGAGUAGCCAGUGGUCCGCUCAGAAACCAGUCUGUGUUUUUUCCUGCUUUUUCAACUUCACCACCCCGUCUGGGAUUGUCCUGUCACCAAAUUAUCCUGAAGAAUACGGGAGCAGCUUGCACUGUGUUUGGUUAAUUAUAGCUAAGCCUGAGAGCCGGAUCCACUUGGCUUUCAAUGAUUUUGAUGUGGAGCCUCAGUUUGAUUUCCUAGCCGUGAAAGAUGGAGGGACCCCUGAGUCUCCGGUAUUGGGGACCUUCUCAGGGAGCCAAAUCCCUUCGUCUCUGACCAGCAGCGGCCACGUAGCCAGGCUUGAGUUCCAGACCGACCACUCCAUGGAGAAGAGGGGCUUCAACAUCACAUUCACCACGUUCAGGCACAAUGAAUGCCCCGAUCCUGGGGUGCCCGUCAACGGGAAGCGGUUCGGCGACAGCCUCCAGCUCGGCAGCUCCGUAUCCUUCCUCUGUGAUGAGGGCUUCAUAAGAACCCACGGGUCGGAGACCAUCACCUGCAUCUUGAAGGAAGGCAAUGUGGUUUGGAACAAUGCGGUGCUGAGAUGUGAAGCUCCGUGCGGUGGCCAUCUGACUUCUCCGAGUGGAAUGAUCCUGUCCCCGGGCUGGCCUGCCUUCUACAAGGACUCCCUGAACUGUGUGUGGGUGAUAGAAGCUCAGCCGGGAUAUCCCAUCAAAAUUACAUUUGACAGGUUUAAGACCGAGGUGAAUUACGACACCCUGGAAGUGCGAGACGGCAGGUCCUAUUCCUCCCCACUGAUAGGGGUCUACGAUGGAACUCAAGUGCCCCAGUUCCUCAUUAGCACCAGCAACUACCUCUACCUCCUCUUCUCUACCGACAAAAGCCACUCCGACAUCGGCUUUCAGAUCCGAUAUGAGACUGUGAAGCUCCAGUCAGAUCAUUGUUUGGACCCCGGGAUCCCCGUAAAUGGACAGCGCCAUGGGAACGAUUUCUACGUGGGAGCUCUAGUGACGUUCAGCUGUGAUUCGGGCUACACCCUGAGCGACGGAGAGGCUCUUGAGUGUGAGCCCAACUUCCAGUGGAGCAGGCCUCUGCCCAGCUGUGAGGCUCUUUGUGGAGGUUACAUCCGCGGCUCCAGCGGCACCGUCUUAUCCCCAGGCUUUCCUGAUUUCUACCCCAAUAACUUGAACUGCACCUGGGUGAUAGAAACUUCUCACGGCAAAGGUGUGUUCUUCACCUUUCACACCUUUCAUCUGGAGAGCGGCCAUGACUACCUGCUCAUCACCGAAAAUGGCAGCUUCACCCAGCCGCUGAAACAGCUUACCGGGUCCCGCCUGCCUCCCCCCAUCAGCGCCGGGCUCUUUGGGAACUUCUCCGCUCAGAUCCGCUUCGUCUCGGACUUCUCCAUGUCCUAUGAGGGAUUCAACAUCACCUUCUUGGAGUACGACCUGGAGCCCUGCGACGAGCCCGAGGUCCCGGCCUACAGCAUUCGGAAGGGCCUGCAGUUCGGCGUGGGGGACGUGCUGACCUUCUCCUGCUUCCCCGGGUACCGGCUGGAGGGCGUGUCGCGCAUCACCUGCCUGGGGGGUAGACGGCGUGUGUGGAGUUCGCCUCUGCCAAGGUGUGUUGCUGAAUGUGGCUCAUCUGUAACCGGAACUCAAGGGGUUCUGUUGUCCCCCAACUAUCCAAUAAACUACAAUAACAACCAUGAAUGCAUCUACUCCAUCCAGACCCAGCCAGGAAAGGGAAUCCAGCUGAAAGCCAGGACUUUUGAACUCGAGUCAGGGGAUGUUCUCAAGGUCUAUGACGGUAACAACAACUCUGCUCGCCUGCUGGGCUCCUUCAGCCGCACUGAGAUGCUGGGCACCCGUAUCAACAGCACCUCCAGCAGCAUGUGGCUUGAAUUUAUCUCCAACAGCGAGAACACGAGUAAAGGCUUUGAGCUACAGUUUUCUAGUUUUGAGCUCAUUAAGUGUGAGGACCCCGGCAUCCCACAGUUUGGCUACAAGGUCCGUGACGAAGGGCACUUUGCGGGCAGCUCUGUGUCCUUUAACUGUGACCCUGGCUAUACGUUACGAGGCAGCAGGGCGCUGGUCUGUUUGACAGGAGAACGCAGAGCUUGGGACCAACCACUGCCGGUGUGCGUAGCGGAGUGUGGAGGCACUAUCAGAGGAGAGUCAUCAGGGCGGAUAUUGUCUCCUGGAUACCCAACACCCUAUGAUCACAACCUCAACUGCAUUUGGACGAUCGAGGCAGAAGCUGGUUGCACAAUAGGGCUCCAUUUCAUGGUUUUCCACACGGAGGAAUUCCACGACGUUCUGAGGAUAUGGGAUGGGCCGGUGGAGAACGGGAUCGUCUUAAAGGAGAUCAGCGGCUCCAGCUUGCCCAGCGAUGUCCACAGCACCUUUAACUCCGUCGUUCUUCAGUUCAACACCGACUUCUUCACCAGCAAGCAGGGCUUCGCUAUUCAGUUUUCAGUUUCCACUGCCACCUCCUGCAAUGACCCAGGGAUUCCCCAGAAUGGGAGCCGGAGCGCAGACAGCAAAGAAGCAGGUGACUCCGUCGUCUUCCAGUGCGAUCCAGGAUACACCCUGCAAGGGGAGGCCAAAAUCAGCUGUGUGCAGAUUGAGAACAGGUUUUUCUGGCAACCCGACCCUCCCUCUUGCAUAGCUCCCUGCGGAGGGAUCCUGACGGGGCCGGCCGGGGUCAUCUUGUCACCGCAGUACCCUGAGCCCUAUCCCCCGGGGAAGGAGUGCGACUGGAAGUUGACGGUCUCUCCCGAUUAUGUCAUUGCCCUGGUAUUUAAUAUCUUUAAUUUGGAGCCCGGCUACGAUUUCCUCCACAUCUACGACGGCCCCAGCUCACUCAGCCCCCUGAUCGGGAGCUUCUACGGCUCCCAGCUGCCCGACCGGAUAGAGAGCAGCAGCAACAACCUCUUCCUGGCUUUCCGAAGUGACGCCUCCGUGAGCAAUGCAGGCUUCGUGAUCGAUUAUACAGAAAAUCCCAGGGAGUCUUGCUUUGAUCCCGGGUCAGUUAAGAAUGGCACCCGAGUGGGCACAGACCUGAAACUGGGGUCGACAAUUACCUACUACUGCGAUGGUGGCUAUGAGAUCGAAGGAGUCUCCACCCUGACAUGCAUAAUGGGAGGGGAUGGGAAACCCGCGUGGAACAAACCUCGGCCAACGUGCACAGCACCGUGUGGUGGUCAGUACACUGGAUCAGAUGGAGUAGUUCUGUCUCCAAAUUAUCCUCGGAAUUACACCAGUGGACAAAUCUGCCUGUAUUUUGUCGUCGUGCCGAAGGACUACGGUAUAUGCCGUGCAGUCAGUGGCUCAGAGGGCAGUAUUUUUCCCCCUUCCCCAGCUAUCUCCUGUGGAGUGCCCAGAGCCCCAAAGAACGGAAUCGUCUUCGGCAAGGAGUACACAGUGGGUACCAAAGCUGUCUAUCAUUGCAACCAGGGAUUCCACCUGCAGGCCGCAGAGGAGUCCACCACAGAGUGUCUGCAGACAGGGCAGUGGAGUAACAGCAACAUCCCUCCACAGUGCGUGGCCGUCACCUGCCCCGAUAUCAACAGCAUCAUGGUGGACCAUGGCCGAUGGAGGCUGACCUACGAGACCCAGUACCAGUACGACGCCCAGCUCAUGCUGAUCUGUGACCCUGGGUACUACUACACGGGCCAGCGGGUCAUCAAGUGCCAAGCCAAUGGGACGUGGAGCAUAGGUGACCCUAUGCCAACAUGUAAAAUUAUCUCCUGUGGAGACCUGCCAACGCCUCCCAAUGGGAACAGGAUUGGGACUUUAACCAUCUACGGCGCGACGGCCAUCUUCUCCUGCAAUACUGGCUAUACCCUGGUGGGAUCGCGUGUACGGGAAUGCAUGGCUAAUGGGCUUUGGAGUGGAACUGAAGUGAAAUGUUUGGCCGGGCACUGCGGCGUACCCAACCCCAUCGUCAAUGGGCAGAUCAACGGGGAGAACUACAACUACCGAGGCAGCGUGGUGUACCAGUGCAACCCCGGCUUUCGCCUCAUUGGGAUGUCUGUGAGGAUCUGCCAGCAGGACCAUCACUGGUCUGGAAAGACUCCUGUCUGUGUGCCCAUCACUUGCGGUCACCCGGGCAACCCAGCCAACGGCCUGACGCAGGGCAGCCAGUUUAACCUGAACGACGUGUCCAAGUUCGUCUGCAACGUCGGGUACCACUUGGAAGGGGCAUCCCAGUCACAGUGCCUGGCGAACGGCCAGUGGAGCAACGCCCUGCCCACCUGCCGCAUUGUAAACUGUACUGACCCCGGGCACCUGGAAAACAGCAUCCGUCAAGUGCAGCCAAGUGGUCCUCACAGAUUCAGCUUUGGAACAACUGUCUCAUAUCAAUGCAGCCAUGGAUAUUACUUAUUGGGCACACAUGUACUUUCCUGUCAGGGGGAUGGCACUUGGGACCGGUCCCUCCCACAGUGUCUUUUGGUUUCCUGUGGCCAUCCCGGCUCCCCGCCCCACUCCCAGAUCUCAGGCGAUAGGUACACGGUAGGGUCUGUCGUCCGCUAUAGCUGCCUGGGGAAGCGGAGUCUGAUUGGCAACUCCACUCGUAUGUGCCAGCUGGACGGGCACUGGAGUGGCUCCCUCCCUCACUGCUCAGGAGGCAGCCAGGGAACGUGUGGUGACCCAGGGAUCCCUUCGCACGGCAUCAGGCUGGGCAGCGAGUUUGGUGUGGACAGCGUGGUUCGGUUCAGCUGCGAACCGGGCUACACCCUCCGGGGUUCGUCGGAGAGGACCUGCCAUGCCAACGGCUCCUGGAGCGGCACGCAGCCGGAGUGCGAAGUUAUAUCUUGUGGAAACCCAGGGACUCCAAGCAACGCUCGAGUUGUAUUUAACGACGGCUUGGUUUUCUCCAGCUCCAUUAUAUAUCAGUGCCGGGAAGGCUAUUAUUCCACGGGCGUGCUAAGCAGGCACUGUACUGUCAAUGGAACCUGGACAGGCAGCACUCCUGAGUGUACAGUGAUAAACUGUGGGGAUCCUGGUGUACCAGCCAAUGGCUUUAGGCUGGGAAAUGACUUUAACUACAAUAAAACGGUAGUGUUUCAGUGCAUUCCUGGCUACAUGAUGGAGUCGGACAGGGCAUCCUCUUUGAUUUGCACAAAAGACCGAACCUGGAAUGGCACCAAACCUGUCUGCAAGGCUAUCACCUGUAAAUCCCCACAAGUCAUCCCCAACGGGAAAGUCAUGGGCUCAGAUUUCAGCUGGGGCUCAAGCGUGAGCUAUGGCUGCCUGGAAGGAUACCAGCUCUCGCUACCUGCCGUCCUGACUUGUGAAGGGAAUGGGACAUGGACCGGAGAACUGCCACAGUGUUUUCCUGUGUUCUGUGGUGACCCCGGGACACCAGCUCAAGGCAGGAGAGAAGACAGAGGAUUCACUUACCGCUCAUCUGUUUCAUUCUCCUGCCUGUCCCCACUGGUGCUGGUGGGCUCAGCUCGGCGGUUCUGUCAGUCUGAUGGGACGUGGAGUGGAACCCAGCCCAGCUGUAUAGAUCCAACUCUCACUACAUGUGCUGACCCUGGUGUGCCUCUCUUUGGAAUGCAGAACAAUUCCCAAGGUUAUCAGGUGGGAAGCAUCAUGUUCUUCAGGUGUCAGAAAGGAUACCUGCUCCAAGGCUCGACCACUAGAACGUGCCUCCCCAACCUGACAUGGAGCGGAGUACAGCCCGAUUGUGUUCCUCAUCACUGCAAACAGCCAGAGACCCCAUCCCAUGCUAAUGUAGGUGCCCUAGAUUUGCCCUCCUUGGGCUACACCUUGAUCUACUCCUGCCAGAGUGGGUACUAUCUCACGGGAGGAUCCGAACACAGAACCUGCAAAGCGGAUGGCAGCUGGACAGGGAAACCGCCCAUUUGCCUUGCUGAUAUACGACCAAGCGGAAGACCGGUUGGCACUGCCAGGGAUCCACCCCUUGCUAAAGUGUCAGUUCCCGCCGAUGUGUUUGCAAAGAAUUCUCUGUGGAAAGGCUCUUACGAAUACAUGGGAAAGAAGCAGCCCGCGAUGCUCUCUGUCACCAGCUUCGAUCCCACUACCAGUAAAGUCAAUGCUACUUUGAUAGACCACAGCGGCGUGGAACUGCUGGUGUCAGGCAUUUACAAGAGAGAAGACAUGCACCUACUUCUCCAGGUUUAUCAGAUAACAGGACCAGUGGAGAUCUUUGUUAACAAGUUCAAGAAUGAUAAAUGGGCUUUAGAUGGGCACGUCUCGUCUGAGUCGUCAAGCGGCACUUUUGUAUACCAGGGCUUUGUACGCGGCAAAGGGUUUGGGCAGUUUGGCCUUCAGAGACUCGACAUCAGCCUGAUUGAAAACGAUCCCGAAUCAAUAGGACAUCAUUUUGCAUCGAACAGCAGUUCUGUGGCAGCAGCCAUUCUUGUGCCUUUCAUAGCCCUGAUUAUUGCAGGGUUUGUGCUUUAUCUCUACAAACACAGGAGAAGACCAAAAGUACCGUUCAACGGUUAUGCCGGCCAUGAAAACACCAACGUCCGAGCGACGUUUGAAAACCCGAUGUACGACCGAAACCUACAACCCACAGACAUCAUGGCCAACGAGGCAGAUUUCACUGUCAGCACCGUGUGCACGGCGGUAUAGCACUCAUCCUCUCGUGCGAAUUCUCCACAGGCAGGUGUCCUGUUGAUGAUUGUGUUUCACCUCACUAGUCCUCCGUCAUUCUCUUCCCUACCCCAGUCAUGCUGAGGCUGUGGAGAACCUGCUGCUCCUUCGUUGGACUUUGAGUUACUCCAGAGAGAGCCUGCGAGGCUGCCAUCCAUCCUCCUCAUCUUCACCCACCCACCACGUCUUGCAGUGGAUAAUCAAGCCAACCAAAGUGUCUCCUCCAGCACAGCUCGGGAGAACCUCUCCUUUUCCCCUCCAUUGAGCCACUUCCAGUUCCUCCUGGCCAACUUCAAGAUCCCAGUGUUGCUGCUCAGAAAUCAGACAGCGCCCAGCUGCUGAGCCUUAGAAGGCAGGUGAUCGCCUUCUGAAUUGCCUUGCCAACCUGCUGUUCAUUAUCUCAAGAGAAGCAGUUAAUGCCGGAUGAGUACUUUUCUAGCAGAGGAAACAGUUGUUGGGGGCUUCUGUGAAACCAACACCCCAUUGCUUUUGGGAAAAAGCUUUCUUGGCAAAGGGAUGGACUUCAGGUUGCACGGCACAAAAUGCCUACGGGUGUAACUGAGACGUCCGACUUCUGGAAGGGAGAGAUGUUGGUUUGUUUGUUGUUGAUUUUUGUUUUGGUUUUUGGCAAGGGCUUUUAGUGAUGCAAAAGUUCUGAUUUUUUUUGGUUAGAGAGGAGGAAAAUCUUUUUUUCCCUUCUUAUUGAUUUUUUCCCUUGGUUUUCUUCUGUUUCUGCUGUUAAUUUCAACAUCCUUUCUCUAAAUCUCAGAGGUCAAUGGGGCAAAUAGGAAUUGAGUCUCUCAACCAAUGGUUCUCUGUCCCUCCUGUCCCAGCGUUAAUGAUUGCUAAUCUUCUGUAACUCUUUACACAAACAUCCACACACACACAAAUUUAGGGAGAGAGAAAAAAAGAAAACUUCUUUUUCAAAAUAGACCCUACAAAUACAGAUCAUUUUUUUUCCCCUAGUGAGUUCAGAAACCUUUGCCCUUUCCAUAUUGAUCCUCCACACGGCAACACAGUAAGGGCUUUAAUUUCAAUGCAGCGCCGUGGACUAUAUUUCUCAGAGGCCAAAAGGUUGUUUUGACCGCAAUGAAAGCAGAUAAGAAGACCUGAUGUUAUUAUUUUUCCCUUCAAAGAAUGACGCUUUGGUGAUGAGACUGAUCUUUUGAUUCAGGAUUUAAUUCUGCUUGGUUUGAGUAGUUCUUUCUUAGUCAGGGCUGAAGUCAGAGAAAGCAACCGCGCCGUUUUAUCACAUCCUGAUAAAGCCGACCGCUUUUCCCAAAUGCAGCAGACUUAGACCAGUAUGUGUCAAAUGAACUUAGAAGAAGCAGCUUUUUGUUACUGAAGAGGAAACAAGACUUAAAAAAAAAACCAAGGUGUUAUUUACAUUUAAGUUUGGUUUUAAACAGUAUCUUUCCCCCGUCUAAUAUUGUCUAGGUUCCUGUCUGAUUAAAACCACACUGUAGUUCU